AUCGGGAGACGGAGACUUUGUGCUGAUGCUACCACAUUCGCUGCUUUCAGUGCGGCCCGUGUCUUCAAUGAGUUUUGUCACGCCUUAGCGCAAAAACAGCGGUUCGAUAUCGAGAUUCCUGCGCCAGCAGUUACUAUAUAUACAGAAGAUAUACUAUAUAUCCUCCAGACCUCAACAGCCAGCAGCAAAUUAUACGACUUAGAAGUAUCGGGUUUCAUUUGACCGUAUCAAAUAACAAAAUGCUCACUCCUUGCCUGCUGCUAGUCGCCACAGUCGCCAGCCUCUGCAUCCAGACGCAGGCCAUCCGCGUGGAUUGGGGCACCAACACAGGACCGAUCGCACCACCCCCGCCGCGCACCACCCCGCAGCCGCCGAGGAAGCCGUAUCGGGAUCCAGCGCCCGUCUGGGAGGACCAGAGCGAUGACAUACCCAACCCCAAUCCCUAUGUCUAUGUCCUGCCACCGCCUUCGAGGCCGAGGACCUGGGCGAUUCCCGCCGGACCCUACGCCCCGCCCAACUACAACAACCAGCCGCCGCAGGGCAACAACAACUACGGUCAGCUGGCCAGCAGUUCUUACAGCGGCGGAGUGACCUCCGUGCCCGGACUGGCCGCCCAGUACGUGCCCGGAGUGGGCAUCAAGUACACGGCGAUCGUGGUGCCCGACAAGCUGCAGGGCAAAUACAACGCGAAGACCAAGAAGUACAAGGCCUACGAGAAGGCCAAGUACGCCUACCCCUGGAACUAUUUGCAGCAGUUGCCGGUGGAGGAGAAGGCCUUGGAAUGGCAGGCGGAGCUGGAGAAGCGGCUCGACGAGGAGCAGGCUCAGUUGCAGUCGCAAUCCUCCACAACAAGCACCACUUCCAGCACCUCGACGAGCAGCUCCACCACCACCACAGCAACACCACCUCCACCGCCAUCCGCGGACAGCACCACAACUGCCACAACAGCCGCAUCGACGACAACAUCUACGAGCACGCAGCAGCCCACAACAAUUGCCAAUUACAAGCUGGCACACGAGAAGAGCGCCCAUCUGAAGAAGCACACCAAGCAGAAGAAGCUCUACCAGCUGCACCUGGAGCAGGAGAAGCUGGCGAAGAAGCUGCAGAAGGAGCAAAACUCGUUGCAGACCAGUUGAGCGGCCAGCGACGUCGAAAUACUUACAGUCGCGAAACAAGAAAACAUUAAAGCGAACAUUAAACUUAAGACUUGCCCACAAUGUUGUAAAUAACUAUUAAUAAAAUUAAACAUCCCAUAAUAAAACCUAAUCGA